AUGGGCAGAUCAGGUUUUAUUGCUGGGACAUUGCUGGUCAGGCGAAAUUUUGUGGCCUUAAUGAUGAAUACUACUGUUGUCAAAAGAUUGGCCGAACUUGCAUCUACAGAAGAGAUUGCUGAUGCUAUUGAUAUUCCAUCUUCUGUAGGAACAGCAUUAUGCAUGGGAGGUGCCUUGAGGAAAGAUCAUGAAACUGAGGGCAGAGAACUGGUAAGGAUUCUGCUAGCUGCCGGAGCAGACCCGACAACUCAAGAUGCCCAGCAUGCCCACGCUGCUCUGCAUACUGCUGUUAUGGCCAGCAUGGAGAAUAAUCUAAUGAGGAAGAUGAUACUAUUGAGGACGAAGAGAAUGACUUUGAUGAGGAUGAGUUACAUAUCUAAUUCAUAA